AUGUCGUUGGACGGACAGACUCCCGCUGAGACACCUCCCAAGUCUUCAGCCGACUAUGUGGAAGAAAAGGGGAUGGCUAUGGGGGCAGAUCCCGCUGCGACGCUCUCGGAUUCACACAAAGCGUACUUGCUUCAACGGCACGGAACACUGGACCUCGAUCCUAUUCCCAGCACAGACCCAGCAGAUCCAUACAAUUGGGCAUUAUGGAAGAAAACGGCCAAUCUUGCUCUCGUAGCUUUCCAUGCCUGCAUGGGCACUUUCACUGCUGCAGCUAUUAUCGCCGCCUACGAAGACAUAGCUCUUGAUCUUGGGGUCUCGAUUCAGCGAGUGAGCUACUUGACAUCGUUGCAGAUUGCCAUCCUCGGCGGCGCUCCUUUACUGUGGAAGCCCCUUUCGCACAGAUAUGGACGACGGCCGAUCUUCCUCCUAUCGUUGGUCCUCAGCUGCGCAUGCAACAUUGGUUGUGCCAAGAGUCCUGAUUAUGCCUCGAUGGCGGCAUGUCGUGCUCUGGUGGCCUUUUUCAUAUCCCCUGCCAUGGCGAUCGGCAGUGGUGUCGUAACCGAGACCUUCUUUCGUCACGAGCGAGCGCGAUACAUGGGUAUCUGGACCAUCAUGGUCACUUUGGGUGUUCCGAUUGGGCCGUUCAUAUUUGGGUUUGCGGCUCAGCGUGUGGACUACCGCUGGAUUUACUGGGCUCUCGCGAUUACAAAUGGAGUCCAGGCCAUUCUGUACCUAUUCCUCGGUCCCGAGACCCGCUACAUCGGCGUGGACAUCCAGUCCGAAUCGUCAGCAUUCAAGCGCGAGUAUCUCUCUCUGCGACGAAUUGAUCCGACUCCUAUCAAGGUGUCCGAGUUCUAUCAUCCAUUGACCCUCUUCACCAACAUCCCCGUCCUGCUUGCCACCAUUGCCUACUCCAUGAUUUUCCUCUUUGCGUCGGUUCUCAAUUCCGUGGAAGUGCCACAGCUUCUGCAGAGGAAAUUUGAACUCAACGCUCAACAACUCGGCCUGCAGUUCCUCGGUCUCAUUAUCGGUUCCCUUCUGGGCGAACAGUUGGGCGGCUUCAUGUCGGACAUGUGGAUGAACGCUCGUGCCAAGAAAAUUGGACGAAAGCCCGAGCCUGAAUACCGAUUGUGGCUGAGUUACAUUGGCUUCCUAUUGACCAUCGCCGGCAUGGUUGUGUUCCUCGUGUGCACCGAGCACGCGACCGUUGGGCAAUGGAACAUCAAGCCUAUCAUAGGCACCGGUAUCGCCGCGUUUGGAAAUCAAGUGGUCACUACCGUGAUGACUACCUAUGCAGUGGACACCUAUCCCCAAGAUGCGGGGAGCGUGGGUGUCUUCAUCAACUUUGUCAGAUCUACGUGGGGAUUCAUUGGACCUUUCUGGUUCCCCUCCAUGUUCGAAAGCGUCGGCGUGGCCAACAGCUCCGGCAUCGCGACGGCGCUCAUCAUGGGUUGUAGCUUCUUCCCAACUGUGUAUUUACAAUGGCAAGGCAGACGUCUCUACCGCCACGACUCGUAA